UGUAGUUAAAGCCAGUUGAAGGAAGAAGAGCUGUUAGUGGCGAUGGAAAGACAUUUUAAAGUUGUGUUUUGAAAGUUCCUUUUUUAUCAAUAUAAGCCCUCGUGUUUUGGCCCUCGCUAGUGUAGUAUUUGUUUGUAUAUCAGGCAGAAAGGUGGACUCCACUCAGAAACAUGAGAUUUGUGCUUUACGGCUCACAGGAAAAUGCCUAAAAGUCUAAAAGCCAUUUGUGUGUUUGAAGACCUAGUGUGUUUCCAUGCACAGGGUUUUAAGUCUCAAGCGCUUCAUGCUCUGAGCUGGCACAGAUGAACUCUUCCAUUUGCUUUGUAAAUUUUGCAUCGUUGCUCCCUGAUGCUCUCUGGCUAAUGCAGUGCAUUCUCCCAGUUGUGCUUGCAGACAGAUUGGAUGUGAUUUGUGACACAGUGUUUGCAGUAGCAACACACAGGAAAGGACCUAAAGUGAAGGCUUCUCAUGAGAAGAUCUAUACUUGCUUCUUCCCUCCAUUUGCAUGUGCAUUGGAGUAGUGUCUGUUGUAACCAUUCCAGGAGUUAAACUGUUCUCCCACAAACAUGGCAGACGAGGACCUUAUUUUUCGUAUGGAAGGCAUUGAUAAUGGUAGAUCGACUACAGCAAACUCUGGAAACUAUCUUGAAGCAGACAGUGAUGAUGAAGACAAUUAUUUCAUCUGUCCAAUAACUGAUGAUCCAGUUUCUAACAAGUCUGCUAGUAUCAAGGUUGACAAUUAUUACAGCAGCUUGGCAAAGACUGAACAGUACAGUUCAAGCUCUUCUCCUAGAAACUCUUUUAGCUUUAAGAAUGACACACAGCAUCGUUCUAAGCACGGCUCUGUGGGUGACCAUAGUCGGGAAACUUGGAAGCAUGCUAUUGAGAAAGCUAAGCACAUGCCUGACCCAUGGGCAGAAUUUCAUCUUGAGGACAUUGAGACGGAACAAGCCACUCGUUACAGGUACAAUGCAGUUACUGGGGACUGGGUUGAAGAUGAAGUCCUCAUCAAGAUGGCUUCACAACCUUUUGGCCGUGGAGCAAUGCGAGAGUGUUUCAGAACGAAAAAGUUGUCCAACUUCUUACACACCCAGAACUGGAAGAGUGCCUAUAACUAUGUUGCCAAGCAAUACAUAGAGAGUGUGGGAAGAGAUGUAUAUUUUGAGGAUGUCCGACUUCAGAUGGAAGCAAAACUCUGGGGAGAAGAGUACAACCGGCACAAGCCGCCAAAGCAGGUGGACAUAGUACAGACCUGUAUCAUCGAAAUGAAGAACAGACCCAGCAAGCCUCUCUUUCAUCUGGAACAUUACAUUGAGGGCAAAUACAUCAAAUACAACUCCAAUUCUGGGUUUGUGCGAGACGACAACAUUCGUCUCACUCCGCAAGCCUUCAGUCACUUCACCUUUGAGCGCUCAGGACACCAGCUCAUUAUUGUUGAUAUCCAGGGAGUUGGAGAUCUUUACACGGACCCUCAGAUCCAUACAGAGAGUGGUACAGAUUUUGGAGAUGGCAACCUAGGUGUUCGAGGUAUGGCCUUGUUCUUUCAUUCUCAUUUCUGCAAUAAGAUCUGCAAGAGCAUGGGGCUUGCACCAUUUGAUCUUUCAUCCAAAGAGAAAGAUGCCUUGGAUUGUAAUAAAAAAUUACUUGAAUCAGCUCAAACAAUUCUCCGUGGUACAGAGGAAAAAUGUGGCAGCAGCCGGGUGAGAACAGUGUCUGGCAGUCGGCCUCCUCUGCUCUUCCGCCUGUCUGAAAACUCUGGAGAUGAAAGCAUGAGCGAUGUAGCAUUUGAUUCUCUGCCCUGCUCUCCUUCCUCAGCAACCCCUCACAGCCAAAAGAUCGACAUCCUUAAUUGGCCUGUGUUCAAUGAAGUAGAUAACUUGGUUCACAAAGACUAUGAUCAGCUUGAUAACCAAAGGGAUUUUGAAAAUGGUGGAGACAGUGGAUAUCCCAGUGAAAAGAGAAGUGAGCUAGAAGAUCUGGAUCACAAAGAAAGGGGCCAUUCAAACAACAACCGAAGACAUGAGUCUGAUGAAGACAGUUUGGGAAGCUCUGCAAGAGUCAGUGUGGAGAAAUGGAAUCUCUAUAACUCUUCAAGAGUCCACAUCCACAGACCAUCCUCUGUUGCCCAAGAAAUUCAGAGGCUCAAUGCAUUAGAAAUUGAAAAGAAAAUUGGGAAGUCAAUCCUUGGGAAGGUUCAUUUGGCCAUGGUUCGCUAUCACGAAGCUGGGCGUUUCUGUGAGAAAGACAAGGAAUGGGAUCAGGAGUCAGCCCUGUUUCACCUGGAGCAUGCUGCAGACUGUGGGGAGCUGGAAGCCAUCGUUGGGCUAGGGCUCAUGUGCUCUCAGCUGCCACAUCACAUUCUUUCUGAGGUCACUCUGGAGGACACAAAGGAGAACAGAAAUAAAGGAUUUGAUUACUUGCUGAGAGCAGCAGAAGCUGGAGACCGACCUUCCAUGAUUCUGGUAGCAAGAGCAUAUGACACGGGUGUAAAUCUUGCUUCGGACAGAGCCCAGGAUUGGAAGGAGGCACUGUACUGGUACAAUGCUGCACUGAACAUGACCGACUAUGAUGAGGGAGGUGAAUAUGAUGGCACUCAAGAUGAGCCCCGGUAUCUGCUCCUGGCCAGGGAAGCAGAGAUGUUGAUGACAGGAGGAUUCCACUUGAGUAAGGAUCCACAGAGAUCAGGUGAGCUGUACACAGAAGCAGCAGAAGCAGCAAUGGAAGCCAUGAAGGGCAGACUGGCAAAUCAGUACUACCAAAAAGCAGAAGAAGCUUGGGCAAUGAUGGAAGAAUGACACCACAAUUAAACAGUUCUUGUAUAUAAUUUUUUUAUAUAGACUUGCUGCAUUUGCAGCUAAAAAGAUAUAUUUUUGUGUGGCAAUAUCAGUUUCUUUUUUUGUAUUUUAGCUGUCUGAUUUGAGGAGGGUGGAAUCUAAAUCUAAAUGGUAUGUAGGGUGCUAUAGUGUACUUCUGCUAGUGUUCUAAAGUUGUAAUACAGACACACUUGACCUUUUGUAUUUUUUUAACUGUUGGAACUGAGGGGCCUAUUUUUUUUAAUGAACAAUUGAGCAGAUGUUUGUUUAGGUUUCACAUGUCCUGUUUUUUACUCAGUAACUGAUCAGUAUGUUUACAUUUUUCUUCUCCUCCCCACAUAGAGAAAAACAUUUUCCUAAAUCCUCAGCAUUUCUUCAUAAUUUUUGGGUGUGUCUCACCAAAUUUGCAUGUGAGUGUUAAUUUCAAUUAAGGCAUGCAGCUAAUCAUUUUCAUAGGUAGCCCCAUUCUGUUACACUGGUGGUGUCGGGCACUUCUUUUACUCUUCUCAAAUGAAUUCCAGAUGGAAUCCUUAGAGUUCAGGAGGGAGGGGUAGGAAGAUGCGUCAGAUUGGCAGUGAGGCUGUUCAGAGUGGAAUAUGUUUUAGCAACAUUGCAUAUUUUACCACUAGAAGAUCACUCCUGUUUCUGAUGAGGUGAGGCAUCCAGCUACCUCUCUUUUUCACGUUUUGCACCAUAUAAUAAUCUCAUUGUAUAGAAUUGUACUGAUCUUGGAUUUGUCCAAUGAUGUACAGUAGCAAGAUCUGUAAUAUAUGGGUAGCUUGAAGAUAUUUUUACAGUGACAUCUCAAUUCUCAGUGAAUCUAGAUCAUCUCACUUAAGAUGAGAAUACAUGUUCCACCAUUUCCAGAGGGAUGUCUGAAAAGGCUAGAGGAUGUUGAUUCACAGAAAAUAAUUUAUCUGGUUUAAAUAGUUUCUAAAAUGGUGUUUUCUCUGCAGAUGGUUUCAAACAUCAGGUAGAGAAAAUUGCUGGUUAAAAAAUACUAUCCUUAAAACACUUAAAUUUAAGUCCUGUAUGCAUAUUUGGAACCAGUAAUGGGAGGGCAAACACAUGGUGCUGGUUGAAUUAUCACUGCAUAGAGAUAAGUUUUUUCCAGACUCAAUAUUUUAUUCCAAAGCUGCUGUGCCAUCUAUCAGAUAGUACAGAAGCUGUUGCUGUUUCUCAGUCAUGGUUAGUAGUUGUUUUGCAGGAGAUGGAAAUGGAAGCUUUUGCCUUUUUGGCCCUACAGUCUCCUGAGGAUGUAAACUGAUAUAAAUAAGGGGCAGCCCCUGGGAAGUGCUGAGUGACAACAGCAAUCAGUUCUUCCUCUCAUGUAAGAGUGCCCAUCAGUGGGCUUCAAAGUUGUCCUCCCUAUUUGCUGCCACUGUCUGAAACAACUACCACUGUCUGAAAUACCCUGGUGGUUAAAGAAGUGAGAUGGGAAGAUUUUAAUCCUUUAGAGGAGGGAAGGAAAAGUUAUUACUGGAUGUCAUACUUCCAGGUGGGUGCUGUAACCACCAGGCAGUUGUAGCCAUGAGCAGCCUUGCAACACAUCUUGUUAUAUAAUGCAGGGGCUGUGGGAAAGUAGUGAUCAUAGCCUUUUUAUUUUGGGGUUUGGUUUUGUUUUGAGGGGGAAGCUUUUCACCCAUUAAUGGAGGGAUGUCUAAUUUCUAGAGCUCAUAGGUAUUAAGCUCAGUACUAAAAGAAACAAAUUUUUGGACCUAGUAUUUCUUGGACCUAAUAUGCCGAAAGAGAACUCGAGUUUGUAGGGUUGAAAGUCAGACGGAUGUUUUAAGUACCUACCCAAAUUUCUCUGCUAGGUGCUUAAAGCCUCUUCUGGAUGUGGCCUUUUUGCUUUUGCAGUUCAUAGCAUUAAAAUCCCAGCUCUUGAUGAAAAGUGAAUGUGCCCUUCACCUCUGAAGAGAGCUGAGUAGUCAGUGUUUUGGGCAGAAGCAGUACAAAACAGGCACUACAACAAAUUCAGACAAGAGGAUUUGUUUUCCUUGUAAGGUGUUGAUCUUUGAGAUUUUCCUUGAAGUAUGUGUAACACCACCAACCAUGUAGGGAGGAGAGGAGGUUGAAUGUGCCCAUCCAAAAUGUGUACAUAUAGGAUGUAGAAUGUAAUUAUUGACACUUGGUGCAGUUUAAUCUGUUAAAUUUGGUAGUUGCUAAAGUUGCUGACAGUUCUCUGUAGAUCUGGUAUGUAAAUGUGCACACAGCUCAGUGAAAAACUAUUAUGAUUAAUUCUUUGUUUGCAAAUACUACUUUUCUAGUGAUGUAGGCUACCUUCUAAGGUAGUGUCUUAUUAGCUGUACAAUAAAUAGGACUGACAGUAACUUGAGAAUGGAAAUUGUCUCCAGAAAUAUCCACAACUUUAUUACAUUCUUUUGAAGAGAGAAACUAUAUUUGACAGACUUUUGGAAUGAUAUUGCUAUAUGCUGUAUUUUUAAUCUAUUCACAGUGAAUUAAUAAAAAAUUGUAUUUUUAAAAAUGUGAAAAUCAAUCUGAGUCUCAGCCUGCCAGAACUCACCUGGGUUCAGUGUUUCUGGGUGGCACUGUGGGUGUUGCUCGGGUAAGGACAGCAAGAUGGAAGCCUUUGUCUGUAUGUCAGACAUGCAAGUGCUGAUGGCCUGCAUCGCUUAGUCCUCUCAUUCACUUUGGUUUCCUUCUGGCUGGUCAAUAAAGUUGUUC